AUGGAAAUCAAUUUUCAUUUGGAAAGAUUGCAAAAAUCAUUAGAUGGCGAUAUCGUACAAAUGGUGUCCGACGAUCGGAAAACACGUUUCAUGAAGUCAGGAAGAUCGAAAAGAUCAGCUGUGAGUAGACAUGGUCCCGAUAAUAAUCGCAAUAGUCGACGAUGUGGCAUUUUUAUACACGCGGAUCAAACCUUUGUCCGUGCAUUACAAUUAUUCCACAUUACAAAAGUUCGCCAAUACAUUUAUGAUACCAUUAAAAUGGUCAAUCGUGUAUUUUCUGUAAUAGAUUUUAAUCAAGAUCAAAAAAGUGAUAAUUUUACAUUUUAUAUUGAUCGAUUAACUAUUGGCGAAUUUCAACAAGAAAGUCCGUCAUUUGAUAACGCUUACCAUCAUUUAGAAAGAAUUUCAUUGCAUAAUCACAGUGAAUAUUGCUUAGCAUAUUAUUUAACUAAUAAUGAUCGCUAUAGUGUAAACGGAUUGUCUUGGAUUGGUACAACAAACAAAAAUACAGGUUUAUGCUCUACUUUUGAUUAUCAUCAUCAUAGCUAUGAUCAUCGAAAAUCGAUGAAUACAGCUCUCAUUAACUUCAAUAUCCAUGACCAUAAAUUAUUUCCGUAUGUUAUGAUACAUGAAUUAGCUCAUAGCCUUGGCGCUGUACACGAUUCAGAAACUCGUUGUAAACGAUAUGCUACCAAUAUACCCUUUUUUAUGUCUGGAAUUGUUAUCAAUGCGACAGAAUUAGAUCAAAUGCAAUUUUCUAUCUGCAGCGUACAAGCCAUGGCUAAAGUGAUCCGUUCGCGUUCAAUGGAAUGUUUUAAAGUAAAUGCGCAAACCACUACCUCAAAGUCAACUUGUGGUAAUAAAAUUGUUGAACCAUACGAACAAUGUGAUUGUGGAACAAUUGGAGAAUGUCAGGAUUAUUGCUGUAACCCAUCGACAUGUCAAUUAGCUCAGCAUGCUGUUUGUAGUCCAUCUCAAGGGCCUUGCUGCAAUGAUGCAACCUGUCACUAUUUUACCAUUCGUGAACAUCACCUUUGUCAAAACGAAACACAAUGUGCUGUAAAAUCUUACUGCGAUGGCCACCUUGUUGGAUCAGCUUGCCCCAAAGCCAAACUUAAAGAUGAUUAUACAGUUUGUGAUGAUCAUAAAUCAUGCAUUGCAGGUACAUGUCAACGAUCUAUUUGUUCAAUAUCUGGAUUAAGUGCAUGUUCUUGCCCCAAUAAUAAUUAUGCAAGAAAUAAUAGCAAAGAUGCUAAGGAUAGUAGCUCAUCAUCUUCCUGCUUGAUCUGCUGUCAAUCAGUUAAUGAUAAGCAUUGUGCUCCGUUGGAUGAAUUAGUUAAAGGAGAAGCUAGUUUGGUAAAUAAUAUCUGCAGGAUAAAGGCUAUACAAUAUGUAGGAGAGCUAGAAAGGAAAGAGGAAGAUAUUUUAAAAAGUAUCAUGAAUAGUUUACUAGCAAUCUUGGGUGCUAGUUUACUUGGCUUUAUUAUUUCUAAUUUAGGUAUAAUUCAGACACUUGGGUUAAUAUUACUUUCAUCCAUAGCAAUCCGAUCAUCUCUGAUUGGUUUUAUCAUAACUCCGUGCUAUACCAAAAUAGCAUUCUGUUGUUGCUCCAAUCAGCAACGACGAAUGCAAGAAAGUUUCUACGGCAAGAAAGUUUCUCGGUGUACAGAUUCCAUCGACUCUUACAUUUUGAGUCAGAGAGGUCAACGUCGUUCUUCAAGAGCUUCAUCAAUUAGCAGUACUAAACGUCAAGGUUCCAUUUGUGGAAAGAUCUUUCCUGAAUGUGAAAAUUCGAAAAUAACUUCACCAAUAGCUAGAGAUAGAUCUUUUGUAUUUAAUGAAGCAAGUAAAAACGUAGAUGCUACAUUUAUUCCGGAGUAUCGAAAGGGAUCUGUAACUAAUCGUAAGCCAGAUAGAUAUAUAAAUUCGCCGGUAACCACUACUUCACGAUCAAUCAAUACGGACACAGCGGGAUUAACGAAUUUGUCAAGGUCUCGAUCAUUGUGCAGUAAAUUGCCGCCGUCUAUACCGAACCGACAGACUAAUCUACAGGUGUCUAAGAAUAAUAAAGGUAUAGUGCAACGUACGAAUUUGCAAAAAUCACUAUCGUUGGGUGAUGGACUGAAAUCAAGGAAUUUAACGAAUUUGUCAAGGUCGCGAUCAUUGUGCAGUAAAUUGCCGCCACCUAUACCGAACCGACAGACUAAUCUACAGGUAUCCAAGAAUAAUAAAGGUAUAGUGCAACGUACGAAUUUGCAAAAAUCACUAUCGUUGGGUGAUGGACUGAAAUCAAAGAAUUUAACGAAUUUGUCAAGGUCUCGAUCAUUGUGCGGUAAAUUGCCGCCAGCUAUACCGAACCGACAGACUAAUCUACAGGUAUCCAAGAAUAAUAAAGGUAUGGUGCGACAUACGAAUUUGCAAAGACCACUAUCAUUGAGUGAUGGACUGAAAUCAAGGGAUUUGCCUAGGCCGCAAUCAUUACGUGCUAUGCCAUCAUCGCCGCCUCUUCAGAGUCGACAAAAAAAUUUAAUUGGAUCAACAAAUUUAUCAAGAUCGCGGUCAUUAUAUAGUAGUCCACCCGCUAUACCAGAGAGACCGAAAAGUUCAAUCAUGCAAGCGUCCUGCAUUAAUUUAGCGGUAGGUAGACGACCACCGCCAACAAAACCACCUCCACCACUACCGAUAAAUCGAAUAAAUAGUUGUAAAAGUAAAACGAGAUCAGCUUUGCAUAAUUCAUAA